AGAAAGUCAUUUUCCAUGGUGACUGAAUGAAUAAAAACUGUCGAUAUGAAAAAUAAGCGAAAGCAUUUGUUCACAUGAGCUACAUAUAUAGGCGUGACGUCAGUCAGCGGAAACAGGAAAGACCGUGACAACUUGUGCUGUGUGAGUGCAGGUCUUCCCUGAUGUUAACUAUAUUCCGAAACUCAUCUUGGACAGUGGUCUGUGGACGUGUCUCUGUCUGGAGGAGCUCAGCACCAAAGAAGUUCCUUAACUGCUGUGCGCCUCCAGUUUCACCCACUCCCAUAUUUAGUUUAUUACAUUCUGAAAUUGAUUUCUUAAAAGCCACUCAAAAAGCAGUGUUCCACUCAUCGUCGGUCCGCCGUACUCAUCCGUCCAGCGGUAGCAGCACAAUGGAGCUGAAGGAAGUUCUGCAGGUGCUGGAGCAACUUGCUCCUCUGACACUAGCUGAGUCAUGGGACAAUGUGGGUCUGCUGGUGGAACCAAGCAAAGCCCGUCCUGUCAAUACCAUCCUGCUGACCAACGACCUGACAGCUUCUGUUAUGGAGGAAGCAGAAUCCAUGAGCUGUGAUCUCAUCAUCUCAUAUCACCCUCCACUAUUUCGGCCUAUCAAACGCCUCGUCCAGAAGGACUGGAAGCAGCGCUUGGCUAUUAGAGCUUUGGAGGCCGGAAUGGCAGUGUUCUCCCCGCACACAUCAUGGGACAGUGUUAAAGGAGGGGUGAAUGACUGGCUGGUCGGUGGACUUGGCAGCGGGCAGGUGUCUGUGCUCAGUCAGGCCGUGGGCGGCGAUUCCCAUUGUCACAGAGUAGAAUUCACUGUCAGGAGCGCCAAGGAAUUCAACUCUAUCGUGGAUGAUCUGAAGAGCCUCAACUGUGAAGCCACACUGCAGUCUUCACACAGCAGAUUUGACAGCAACGAGAUCCAGGUCAGCCUGACUUGCAGCGACUCUGCGCUGACCCCGUGUGUCCACAAACUGCUACAGCACGCAGCUCUUGGCCCUUCCCUCAACAUCCUGAAAUUGGAAAAGGCUCCGCUGCCAGGCCACGGACAAGGACGACUUAGCGUUUUGAACCAGUCAGUUACCGUUGCAACUGCAAUUGAAAAGAUGAAGUCUCACUUGGGUUUGAGCCAUCUGCGCUUGGCUCUUGGGUCAGGUCAAACUUUGGAGUCCACUAUAAGGAAUGUAGCUGUCUGCGCUGGAUCUGGAGCUUCUGUGCUGAACAAUGUCAAAGCAGAUCUCUACAUCACGGGGGAGAUGUCGCACCAUGACGUUCUGGACGCUGUAGCAAGAGGAACCAGUGUGAUCCUGAGUGACCAUAGCAACAGCGAACGUGGUUUUUUGUCUGUGUUUCGGGAGAGACUGGCGGUCCGGCUGCCAGACUCUGUGAAAGUAGUGGUGUCCAAGGCUGACAGGGACCCACUGGAGAUCGUCUGAUGAGACCUUUUUGGCUGUUGUCGUUGUGUGGAAUCCAAAUUAAAAUUCUCCCUUUUCCCACA